AUGGACAGCCGUCUUACUUCUGGUGCGGCCUCGCCCGUCUCCCUCUUCUCCAACAACAGCUCUGCCAUCACAACACCCGAGCCCGACUCGGACAACGAGGGCUAUGCCACGCUCGCGCCCAGCACCAACGCCAACAGGAAGUACAUCCUCGUGCUCGGCGGGCUCGGCUUCAUCGGUUCGCACACAUCGCUCGAGCUCCUCAAGGCCGGCUACAGCGUCAUCAUUGUCGAUGACCUGAGCAACAGCUUCCACGACGUGCUCAGCCGCGUCAGGACAGCGGCCGAGACGUGGUGCAAGGCCAACCGCAAGCCCAUGGGCGAGAUCCAGUUCCACAAGGUCGACUACCGCAGCAAGGCCAUGCACUUCCUGCUCGAGUCGUACUCUGACCUCGUCACGGUGCCGUCGGAGACGGCGGGCGGCGCGCCGCGGCUCACGAGGCAGUCGCGCAUCUCGGGCGUCAUCCACUUUGCGGCGUUCAAGUCGGUCAGCGACUCGAUCGCCAGCCCCAUGGCCUACUACCGCAACAACGUGUGCGGGCUCGUGGACCUGCUGGAGCUCCUCGGCAAGCACAACAUUUUCAACUUUGUCUUCUCGUCGUCGGCGACUGUGUACGGCACCAAGGCCGACGCCGGCAAGCCGCUGCGCGAGGAGGACCUCGUGCACCACGCGACGACGUACACGGACGCCGCGGGCCGGCAGCAGACGGCCAUGCCGGACGUGUCGGGCCUGCAGUCGCCGUACGCGCGGUCCAAGUACUUUGGCGAGGCCAUCCUCGCGGACCUCGCCUACUCGGACACGCGCUGGCGCAUCAUCGCGCUGCGCUACUUCAACCCCAUCGGCUGCGACGCGUCGGGCCUCCUCGGCGAGGACCCCAAGGGCGUGCCGACGAACCUGUUCCCCGUCAUCACGCAGGUGCUCACGGGCGACCGGCCGCAGCUCGACGUCUUCGGCACCGACUGGGCGACGCGCGACGGCACGGCGGUGCGCGACUUUAUCCACGUCUCGGACCUCGCGCGCGGCCACAUUGCCGCCCUCGCCGCCGGCGUCGACGCCCCCUUCCGCACCUUCAACCUCGGCACCGGCAACGUCACCACCGUCAGCGAGGCCGUCGCGAGCCUCGAAGCUGCUUGGGUUUGUUUGGAUUUCAGGUAA